GCUUUACUUUGCUACAUAAUACCAUGUGUCCACAGGCCGCAGUCGCAGGAGGCACGACCAUGAUCCUGGACUUUGUCAUCCCACAGAAGGGGUGUUCACUCUUAGAAGCCUAUGAGCGGUGGAGAACAACGGCUGACCCCAAAGUCUGCUGCGAUUACUCCCUUCAUAUGGCAGUAACCUGGUGGGAUGACACUGUCAAGAAGGAAAUGGAGACUCUUGUUCAUGAAAAAGGUGUCAACUCUUUUAAGAUGUUCAUGGCAUACAAAGACGUCUUCAUGCUGCGUGACCAUGAGCUCUAUGCCGUAUUUGCCCAGUGUAAAGAGACUGGAGCAAUAGCUCAAGUCCAUGCAGAGAAUGGAGACCUUAUUGCAGAGGUGAGAAGUAUUCUGAGUUGUCGAGUGGUGUUUGGAGAGCCCAUUGCGGCUGGACUGGGCACAGAUGGCACUCACUAUUGGCAUAAGGAUUGGGCUCAUGCUGCUAGUUUUGUCAUGGGCCCACCUUUGAGACCAGACCCCAGUACCCCUGGAUAUCUGAUGGACCUGCUGGCCAAUGAUGAUCUAAGUGUAACAGGAACAGAUAACUGCACAUUCUCAGUGUGCCAGAAAGCCCUAGGGAAAGACGACUUCACCAAAAUCCCAAACGGAGUCAAUGGUGUUGAAGAUAGGAUGUCCGUAAUAUGGGAGAAGGGAGUGCACAGCGGAAAAAUGGACGAAAACCGGUUUGUAGCUGUCACCAGUACUAACGCAGCAAAAAUCUUCAACCUUUAUCCUCGAAAAGGAAGAAUUGCUAAAGGCUCUGAUGCAGACCUGGUCAUAUGGGACCCAAAGGCCACCAGGGUGAUUUCAGCAAAGACGCACCACCAGGCUGUGGACUAUAACAUUUUUGAGGGAAUGCUGUGUCAUGGACUUCCAGUGGUCACGAUCUCCAGGGGGAAGGUGGUUUAUGAAAACGGGCAACUGUUCACAAACCCGGGCGCGGGACGAUACAUCCCACGGAAACCCUUCGCUGAAUUUGUGUAUAAGAGAAUUAAUCAGCGGGAAAAGGUUGGAAAGCCCAGUGCUGUGUGCAGAGAACCGUACACUGGAGAAAUCAUAUCUGUAGCCCCAAAAUAAUCCUGAAUCAUGGUAGAAAAAUGUUUUAUAAGGAUGUUUUAUAAGAUAGAUUUGCAGUAUACUAUUAAAAACGAAGACCCCAGUUACAACCAAAAAAGGGCUUUACAGCCUAAUGCCACAGAAGAAACUUUUCAAGCUUCACAAAUAACUUUUUGGUGCUGCAAAGCACC